GAUAGACAAGAGAGAGGAGCGAGAGAUAGCAGGGGAGGAAUGGAGUAAAGAAGGCAGCUCUGAGAACCUGUUUCUGCGGCCUAUUAGCACUGAGCAGACUGUAACUGGGAUGAGCGGCCUGGUGAGCUGAGGUUUGACUUUCUGUUAGCUGGGCUGAAGACGGUCACAUAGAGAAUAACUAAAUAAAUAAUAUUAAGAGACAGAGCAACUUCCCUGCUGUUGCUACCACUGACAAUCGGUGUCGUAUCAAAGUACUUGAUGGCUGUUACACAGGCUGUGCUCCCUUCCUUCAGCUCCUUCUCUAACCUCGCUCAAUCCACUGACAAUAUGAAAGUGUGGAAGUCUGAGGGUGACUCUCUCCCUCCGGACUCUCUCAGCAACAAACUGUCACCAAACAGCUCUGAGCAGCUGCAGGUCUCUCAACAAAUGACAGAGGAGCUCCUGGAUGAUGACAGCCAGGCAUCUUGGGACAUUGAGUUCCUGCUGUCUGAAUGGAGCAACCCGUCACCUGACCUCAACCCCUCUCUGGACAACAAUGAUCAACGGCUGCCACAGUUAGACCCAAACACAGCGUACCAAGAGGCGGCCACGUUUAAGGACCGACCAGGACAGGAGCAUCUGCAGAUGAACACUAGUUGCCUCAUGGCUGAACUCCUGUCCCCGGCUGAAACCAUCACCACCACGUCAGUCCAGCCAGUGCUGUACCACCAGGGUUAUAAUGAUGACCAAACAGGUCGGACUUCGUUUCACAGUCAACCUAAUGUAGAUCAGUAUGUCCUUCCUCAAGGAGGCAGUGUGGAGAGGCACGGCAGAGGAAACCUCACUAAAGUCUCGUCAUGGGACUUUAACCCUUACUAUCCCCAGCAACACCCCUCUAUGGUGACCUUCCCCGACAGCAGGUUCAUACCAACUCAGGCUGUGACCCCUGACCCUCAACACUACAGCUACAUUCCACAUUUUAACCACAAUGCCAACCUUUACUGUGACUACACCCUCGGCCAGGCCACCAGUCAUCUUCCCCUCCACCAGCAGCCUCUGCUGGUCGGACCACAGCUGCCCCCUGUUGGGGUGGAGGGAAAGCGUGGUCGAAGGGCUACAGGGAAAAAGAGGCCCGCCAUCCACAGCUGUGAAUACCCGGGCUGCACCAAGACCUACACCAAGAGCUCACACCUAAAGGCUCACCUCCGCACCCACACAGGGGAAAAGCCUUACCACUGUUCAUGGGAAGGCUGCAGCUGGAAAUUUGCGCGCUCCGACGAGCUGACGCGUCACUACCGCAAGCACACUGGCCAGAAACCCUACGAGUGCCUGCUGUGUCAGAGGGCCUUCUCCCGCUCCGACCACCUGGCUCUGCACAUGAAGAGACACAACUGAUGCUCUCACUCACUCUCUCUCUCUCUCUCUCUCUCUCUCUCUCUCUCUCUCUCACACUCACUCACUCACUCACUCACUCACUCACUCACUCACUCACUCACUCACUCACUCA